UCGGCUGAUCAUAUCAUAUCCUCAGCUAGUUGUUUAUCCAUUUGUUACCUUAGAGCAUCAGCUACGGAACCUGCUUCUUCGUGUAAACAUACCCCAUACGUAUCGUCUAGUUCGCCUCUGAUGGGUCACCGCACUUUCAGGGUCGCCUUCUCGAAGGCGGCAACUGAUGCGAUCACCUUCACAACCUACAGCACCUUACCGAUGACAAGUGCAAUGUCUUAUAGACCAACGAUAGGUGGCUUAAAAAUGCCGCAGAAAAAGAACGCUCGAGUGGCUGAAAGCAACAAAAAACAGAUCGUUCAAAUGCUGAUCUCAAUUGUUGUAAUGUACACCGUGUGUUGGACACCUUCGAUAGUUGACGAAUUUUUGACGAGUUUCGGCUAUAUAUGUCGACCGUCAAAUACACCAACACUCAAAUACAUGAGAAUGGGCUUUCAUGCUUUGGCAUAUUGUCAAUCGUGCAUUAAUCCAAUUUGCUAUGCAUUCAUAUCGCAAAAUUUUCGUACCACAUUCAGAUCUGCCUAUUCUAGAAUGCGUUUGAAAGGACAGGUUCGGUUU